AUGUUUUUAGAAGCUCACCCACCAUUCUGGAGAGGCUAUCCUGAAAUCUGUGCAUGUAGCCUCUUGGGUUGCUUUUUAAACGAAAACAGUUUAACUUUGGUGCCGUCUAGCGUAGGAGUUGGUCACAGGGUUGACAAUGUUCCAGGGCAGGUGUUGACGGAGGAGUGGGCCAAGCUGAGGUGGGGCGUGUUUGGUGUUCCAGGGCAGGUGUUGGCGGAGGAGUGGGCCAAGCUGAGGUGGGGCGUGUUUGAUGAGGUGGGCUUCCCGAGCGAUCCCAGGUUCCCGCUUUUCUACUCCGCCGGCCGCAACGAUACCAGACGCCCCACUCUUUGUUCCCGGGAGCCUCUCCCUGGUACUGUGAGGAACGACACCCUCCGCUCUGCUUUCGUUCUCCACAAAGCCACCUCCCUGGGUCAUGCGGGCAACUACUGCACCAGUGAGACCCACAUUAUAGAGGCGCCUAAUAAACAAAACACGUACUGCCAUGGCGGGAGCAUCUGGAGUGUGAUACACAAGCACAGCGAUUAUAAGGCCAGCCCAGGGCCUGGGGUCGAGUGGCAGGAGCCGACUGUAAGAGUAGUGAGGGAGAUCAGCACCUGCUUCUUCUUCUUCCUCGACAACACCGCCAGUGCCUCCGACCUGCUGAGGCAGAGUCUGGCACUCAGACGCUGGGUCAUGUACGAUGUCUCCAACGGCACCUUCGUCACCGUCUUAAAUCCGUGGAGAAACGGGAAGGUGGUAAACAUGAAAAUCGUGGACCAAGCCACUAGACUCGAGGUGGCCCUAGAGAUCGCUGAGAUGGACCACGGCAACCAUACCUCCAACUCCAGUCACUCACUCACGCCUGCUGUUAAGGCGCUGGACUGGAGUAACGGUGUUUUGGUGGCGCUGGCUGGCGGCCGCGGGGUCGCUGUAGAGGAGUCUAUCGCCCGGAAGAUCAAGAGGGAUAUCCGUGUUGUGGUUAUCACUCACAGACCCAGGAUCUUGGAGAAUGUCUCCACGACCAAGGUUGCCUCCGGCCAAGAUUUGCGAGAGCUUGUCAAUGAGACGGGUGGCCUGGACCUUGUGGUGCCAGAGAGCAGGUGGCACUUACUCUCCCAGUCCCUCAGAGCCGCCCUCCAAUACGAGCCGUCCGUCACUGUGGCAGACACCACCACAGAGAUCUACGAAGCAGAGGCCAAUGCCAGCAAAUCGGACAGUUUUUACGUAGACAGGAGUAUGGGUCGUGACCUGACCUUUCUGCUCUACACUGAUGACUUGGACCAAGUAACCAACGCAAGUCUCAUCAGUCCAAGUUCAAGCCUCAUACCAGGACGUUUCGACGACGUGACGCGGACUUGGAGUAUUACUCUCCCCGAGGCCGAGGUAGAACCCCACGGGAAUUUACACUUUAAUAGUUGAAUAAUGUUAUUAUUAACAA